CUCAUGACAUUUUUUCAUAAAAUCAUAACCUCGAAUUCGUACCUAAACAAAUUCUUCUCUUCUUCGAUUCUAGUUUGCGACUUCGGUGUGUCCGGAUUUUCAUCCAAGAUGAGGACCAUAAACGCCAACCAAUCAGUGAAAAUCCCGGAAGGCAUUGAUGUCACAGUCAAUAAGAGGAUUAUAGUUGUCAAAGGUCCCCGUGGUUCAUUAGAAAGGAACUUCAAACAUUUAGCUGUUGAUAUAUACCUAAAAGGACCCCGCGUGUUAACUGUAGAAAAAUGGUUUGGCACCAAGAAAGAAUUGGCUGCUGUUAGAACCAUUUGCACUCAUGUUGAAAAUAUGAUUAAAGGUGUCACAAAGGGUUUCUUAUACAAAAUGAGAGCYGUAUAUGCCCAUUUUCCCAUCAAUUGUGUUACUUCUGAAAACAAUUCACUUAUUGAAAUCAGAAAUUUCUUGGGUGAAAAAUACAUUAGACGUGUCAAGAUGUCUCCAGGUGUCACCAUCACUAACUCAAAACAAAAAGAUGAGUUAAUUGUUGAAGGAAAUGACAUUGAAAAAGUUUCUAGAUCAGCUGCUUUAAUCCAACAGUCUACAACCGUAAAGAACAAGGAUAUCCGUAAGUUCUUGGAUGGUUUAUAUGUAUCUGAAAAGACAACAGUUGUACAAGAGGAAUAAAAAUUGAUUAUUUCAUACGCUUAA